GCACCGUUUAAACCGAAGUGAAACCGAUACGUUAGCUGCAGUAGCUCCCCCUCGGCGCUGCCUCCACCGAACUGAGAAGUUACUAGAUCCAACCGGCAUCUUCUUUCCAGAAGCUCCGCACAGACCGAGGACAACCUCGUGUCUCUAAACCGGCAGGACGACAUUGGAGCUCAGAGUAAUGUUAGCUUUAGCUGGGCUAACUGGGAAAAAGUGUAGCGUGUUUUGAAGAGUAGGAAUCCCGACUGUCAGAUCCACCAGCCGGUUUUAAAGUCUAGAAAUGCCUCAGAAACAGAAACCCAAGUCUUGGACAGAACUAAAGCAAGCAGGAAAUGAGUGUUUCAAGACGGGCCAGUAUGGCGACGCCACCAGCCUGUACAGCCAGGCCAUCAAGGAGCUGGAGAAGUCCAAUAAAAAGAACCCUGAAGAUUUGGCCAUCCUGUACUCCAACCGAGCCGCCAGCUACCUGAAGGACGGGAACUGUUCAGAAUGUGUCAAAGACUGCGAUACGUCUCUGGAGUUGUUCCCGUUCAACGUGAAGUCUCUGCUCCGACGCGCUGCUGCCUGCGAAGCCUUGGAGCGCUACAGACACGCUUACAUCGACUACAAAACCGCCCUGCAGAUCGACUGCAACAUAGCAGCAGCUCAUGACGGCACCAACAGAAUGACUAAAGCGCUAACGGAGGCAGACGGCCCGUCGUGGAGGGAGAAACUCCCCCCCAUCCCCACCGUUCCUCUGGCGGUGAGGGAGAAGCUCGCCCAGCGGGCUGCAGGCAGCGGUCCGAAGGCAAACCCGGCGCCGCAGCAGAACGGCGUCAAGAAAACAGACAAACCCGCACCAAGUGACAAAGACAUGAAGAAAGCUCAGGCUCUGAAGGAAGAAGGCAACAGUCUGGUGAAGAAAGGGGAGCAUAAGAAGGCCAUAGAGAAGUACAGCCAGAGCCUGAAGCUCAACCCCAACGAGAUCACAACCUACACCAACCGGGCGCUGUGCUACCUGUCGGUGAAGCAGCACAGAGACGCCGUCAGGGACUGCAGCGAGGCGCUCAGGAUGGACGGCGGCAACGUGAAGGCGCUGUACCGGAGGGCGCAGGCUCACAAGGAGCUCAAGGACCUGAAGGCCUGUGUGGACGACCUGAACGUCCUCCUGAAGGUGGAGCCAAAGAACUCGGCCGCUCUGAAGCUGCUGCAGGAGGCGCAGAAGAAGAAGUGAGACGGCGUCCGGACCGGCGCCGGGAUCCGGGCGUCCGAGUCGGAGCGCUCCAGACCGAUCUGCGGCUGUCCAGUUUGCACCAGUCAGCCCCUCUGAUUCAGUAUUUAUGUUUAUUUAUGUCGGCUGCAGUUUUUCCCUCUCGUUUCCAGCCUGUGUGUUUAUCAUCUAUAACCAUAAAGUUCAGCCCUGAGCGAAUAUUCACCUACAGUCCACCGCAGAGACGAAGCAUCUUUUUUAUUCAGCAGCCAAUGAGCAAAACGUUUUUCAUUCUUUUUUUUAAUCAGUUUAUUUCCAAACCUGCUAAUAAAAAAAACACUCAGUUCUGGUACCAAAUGGCAUGAAACCGGUUCCUCUGGGCGUCUCACCGUUUCUGUCAGUGAGUGGAUCCGACACGCUGAGUCAGCAGAAAUGAUGGACCCAGAUGUAAAUGCACUAUAACAGCUGAGCCAACAGUGAUGCAGAUUGGACAUAAAGUCUCCAGAUUGGACAUAAAGUCUCCAGAUUGGACAUAGUCUCCAGAUUGGACGUAAAGUCUCCAGAUUGGACAUAAAGUCUCCAGAUUGGACAUAAAGUCUCCAGGAAUCGUGUUUUGUCAGAUCAGGGAUCCGAUCAGCUGUGACUCUGAUCUGAAGUUUGUCUCUCCGUCCGUCUGGAUUUUUCCUCUGAUCCUGAAAGGAAACGCAGUGAAAAUGCGCCACAUGAUUUCAUACUUUAUGCCUCUUGCAUUAUGAGUAACUCUUCAGUUAAUAUUCAUCAGGAGGAAACAAACUCGGACAGGAGGGAACCGACUUCACUUUUCUAGACGCCACCGAUUUUUUUUUAAAAAAAACUAGUUUCAGAUUCCGGUUUUGGCCGAGAUCAAUUUUUUUUUUUUUCCUAAAUAUAUCAACAUGGUUGCCAAGUUGGCAGCAGCGACUGUUGACAUGCAGACGUGACCUGGUGUCAGCGGAGCUGAAGGCGACGGCGGCCGAUUUCCAGACCCGAGGUUAAAAUGUCUGUCACGAAUCGGCUGAUUAAGAAAAUCUGUGCCGAUUUGUCGGUUCGUCCCUGAGGAUUCCUGAAUCGGCACAUGAAGUCAGCUUUACCUGCUUCAGAAUGAAAAACAAUCCUGAUGAAACGGAUUGAGCUCAAAAUGAGGAAAAUCCCUCAGACUGCAGCGUCAGCCGAGGAUUGAAGAUAAAUGCAGAUUUUAAACUGUAAAGUUUUAGAACGGGAAAGAAAAUGACUGGAGACGUGAUUCCUGAGUAUCAGAUCUAUAUGAAUAAAAUAAGAAAUAAAGCAGAUUAGCUGUGAUGAUGAUGAUGAAACUUCAUGAUCUUUUGCUCUGAGGUUAUUUUAUUUUCUUUACUUUUGGUCUCCGGUUUUUGACGGCUUAAGUUCAAGAAGUUCCUCAUUUAUUUUAGUUUUUGUAAUGUUUGAUAAAACAUUGUUCUGAACUAUUUUACUAUAUCAACACAUUUGUUUGCUUCAUUUCUCCUCUGAAGGAUCGGGACGUUUAAAUAAAAAACUCUUCCCGCCAUUUUGUUUUUCCCGUUUUCUUCACUGCGAUGUGAACAUGAGAAACGUUUUCAUUUCCAUCCUUCUCGCCUGAAGUGCCUGCCUUUGUCACUCAUCUGCAGCUUUGGAUCAGUGUAUGCAAAAUAAAAAGGAUCUUAAAAGAUAA